GCGAGGAAGCAGCAGCAGCAGCAGCUAGCACUGGACCUGUUUACCAGAAUUUACCGUACCUCCCUGAUAUAGUCACAUUGACGCAUUCUUUAGCCGCCAUGGCACAAGACUCCAUCGAUUAUUUCUUUAACCGCACGUAUAUGUGUCGGUGACGAACCUCUUUAUGUGAAGACAAAAAGGGCAUCCGUGUUUGACCGAGAAGCCUCUUUUCGAAUGACAGUUCCUGUGCUCCUGACCAACCAUCCCGCUGCUCCUCGUCCCUGUCCGGUUACAAACAGGUGAUACUAGUUGUCCACAUUAUCAAGAUGAAAUUCACGGAGCAUCUUUCAGCUCACAUCACCCCGGAGUGGAGGAAACAGUACAUCCAGUAUGAGGCCUUCAAAGAGAUGCUCUAUGCUGCUCAGGAUCAGGCGCCAUCUAUUGAAGUCACUGAUGAAGACACAGUUAAAAGAUACUAUGCCAAAUUCGAGGAGAAGUUCUUUCAGACGUGUGAAAAGGAACUGGCGAAGAUCAAUACCUUCUACUCUGAGAAACUCGCUGAGGCUCAACGAAGGUUUGCCACUCUCCAAAAUGAGCUGCAGUCGUCAUUGGACGCUCAGAGAGAGAACACUGCUCAUGGCCGAGGUCUGAGACGAAGGAAAACCGUGUUCGCCCUAUCGCAGCAGGAGAGAUGCAAGCACAGAAACAUUAAGGACCUACAGUUGGCUUUCUCUGAGUUCUACCUCAGUCUGAUUCUUCUACAGAACUAUCAGAACCUGAACUUCACAGGCUUCAGGAAAAUCCUGAAGAAGCAUGAUAAGAUUUUGGAGACUUCGCGGGGAGCCCAUUGGCGGGUGGCUCAUGUGGAAGUGGCUCCAUUCUACACCUGCAAGAAAAUCACUCAGCUCAUUUCGGAGACUGAGGCGCUGGUUACCACAGAGCUGGAAGGAGGAGAUAGGCAGAAGGCCAUGAAGAGGCUCAGGGUGCCUCCCUUAGGAGCUGCUCAGCCUGCACCUGCAUGGACCACCUUCAGAGUCGGACUCUACUGCGGCGUUUUUCUGGUCUUAAUGGUCACAGUGGUCAUCACAGGAGCGGUCAUGUUCCCCAGCUCUGACGUCUGGCCGAUGAUCCGCAUCUAUCGAGGGGGCUUCCUGUUAAUAGAAUUCCUGUUCCUGUUAGGUAUUAACACGUACGGGUGGAGGCAGGCGGGCGUCAACCAUGUGCUCAUUUUUGAGCUUAACCCCCGAAAUAACCUGUCCCACCAGCAUCUAUUUGAGAUUGCAGGUCUGUUGGGGGUGUUGUGGUGUGUCAGCCUGCUGUCCUGCCUCUUCAGUGCAAACAUCCCCGUACCGAUGCAGGCCAACCCUCUGGCCCUGUACGGCUUCUUCCUCCUCUUCCUCAUCAACCCUUUCAAGACCUGCUACUACAAGUCCCGCUUCUGGCUACUGAAACUUCUGUUUCGGGUGGUGACGGCUCCAUUCCACCGUGUAGGCUUCGCAGACUUCUGGCUGGCUGACCAGUUGAAUUCUCUCGGGGUGGUUCUGAUGGAUCUGGAGUACAUGAUCUGCUUCUACAGUUUUACACUAGACUGGACGAAGCACGAUGGACUCAUCAGCAGCAAAGGUCCGGAUGUGUGUAACACCUACUCUUACGGCGUCCGAGCGGUCAUCCAAUGCCUUCCUGCUUGGUUCCGCUUCAUCCAGUGUCUGCGACGUUACCGCGACACCAAAAGGGCCUUCCCUCACCUGGUGAAUGCUGGGAAAUACUCCACAUCCUUCUUUGUGGUCACCUUCGCUGCCCUGUACAACACUCACAAAGCUCAAUCUCAAUAUGAAGCCCAGAUCUUCUUCUACUUGUACAUCUGCUGUUUGAUCAUCAGCUCAUGCUACACUCUAAUCUGGGAUCUGAAGAUGGACUGGGGUCUGUUUGACCGCAACGCUGGGGAGAACACGUUCCUCAGAGAGGAGAUCGUCUACCCACACAAGGCCUAUUACUACAGUGCCAUAGUGGAGGACGUGCUGCUAAGGUUCUCGUGGACGCUCACCGUUUCCCUCAGCACUGUCUCCGGACUAAAUGGAAUUUCAGACAUACUGUCCACAGUCUUGGCUCCCAUGGAGGUUUUCAGGCGAUUUGUUUGGAACUUUUUCCGACUGGAGAACGAGCACCUGAACAACUGUGGAGAGUUCAGGGCCGUCCGAGACAUCAGCGUGGCCCCACUAAACGCAGACGACCAGACCUUGCUGGAGCAGAUGAUGGACCAGGAGGACGGGGUCAGGAACAGGCAGGGCAAGAAGAGCUGGAAGAGGAGCUACAGCAUGAGUUUACGUCGACCAAGGCUUGCCUCUCAGUCCAAGACCCGUGACACCAAGGUCUUGAUCGAGGACACAGAUGAUGACUCCUGACAUCAGGCCACGCCCCUCGCUUGGGUCCAGAAUCUAUUUAAAGGAGGGAACUCCACCUCCUAAACCAAGGAAUUACCCAGCGAGUGCGGCGUUGAACUGAAUAAAGGAAGAGCUGAACCUCUCCUGCGUCUAAAACUGCUAUCAACAAACCAGUGUCUUCGUGGGCUCACAGAAAAACCUUGGGAGAACCUGCUCUCGACGGCCACUGGGUGGCACUGUUUAUUUUUUUUUUCUUUUUGCCCCGUCCUCCGCUCCCACUCAAAGGCCAAGUCUUGAACUCCUGAAAGCCUUUAGCCUAGCAUGAACGACGCAGCUCUAUGAGAUGCAAGCGGAGCCAAAAGCGUCUCCCCUCUGGUGCCACCCGGGGAGCCACUGGCCAACGUCCAGGACCAAAAGUCUUGCUUACGGAGACGCCUUGAUUAUCGGACGCACCGUUCUGACCUCAAAGAACCUCAGUGCAGCCUGUAAGGUGGCUCUGUGAAAAAGCAAAUCCUUAAACCUCCUCAUUUUAGACUUUUUUUUCAUGAAGAUCUAGUGAAGCCAGGAGGCGACUGGCCAUUUAGUUUCCUUAGAGAACUCACCACGGAGCUGCCUACUUUGACCUUCCAUGCUUUGGCAACACACACAUGCGCACUUUGUAGAGACUAACGGAAGGUUUGUUAUGUGUUCAUGCAAACACAGUUAUUUAAUGUGUUUUAUUGCUAUUUGUUGUGCAACAAAUGUUUGUGAGACACUGGGAAAACAUACGCUGAAGUGAAUAGCAACCCUUUGUAAUAAUCGUAGAUGUAAAUACGAGAAGGACCAAAGAAGGAAGUGACGUGUCGAAGAACAGCAGCUGGAAUGACUGUUCAGCCAUGAGAAGACUCUCCAUCUUAAUAUUCCUGUGUCAAGUUUCCUUGUGUGAAACCUCCGGUAGGAAGCCAUUUUGAUGAAUGUAUGCUCACAACUCUCUGUACGUUUGAGAACAAUCCCGAUCUGCUUCACCAUGGACCAUCCCGAAACUGCAGCCCUGAUUCCAGUGUGCUAAGCUGCUUCAUGGUUUUGUUACACACACACACACUCCAGCAUCAGACUCAGUCUUACGCAAUCAUUCCAGGUUUGGAUAUUGUUUGGUCAUAUUUUUAAUUCUUUUUUGAAUAGAACGUUGUUACAUUUGGACUGAUCCAAAGCCAUCACAUUGUUACUCCUGAAACUUUGGAAAUAAAUGUUACUUUUUAUCAUCAUCAGUGGAGAAGCUGAGUGUAAAUAAACAAUACUCUGAAUCUGCUCCUGGCUCUGUGUGUU